AUGGCACCCAUAGCAACCGCCAAGUAUGACUGGAUCCUCGCCUUGACCUCGAUUGCCUUCGUCUUCAGUGCCUUCGGUAACGGUGCCAACGAUGUCGCCAAUUCAUACGCAACCUCCGUCGCAGCCCGGACACUUAACAUGGCCACGGCUGGUGUCCUGGCUGCCUGUACCGAGUUCAUUGGUGCAGUAGCCAUGGGAUCCCGAGUCUCAUCUACCAUCAAGAACGGAAUCAUCGACAUCAAAAGAUUUGAAGGAAAGCCUGGUGCCCUCAUGCUGGCUAUGGGGUGCGCAGAGAUCGGAAGUGCCUCAUGGUUGAUGCUUGCCACUGGAUUGGGCUGGCCUGUUUCGACAACGCAGACCAUUGUCGGUGCUCUUAUUGGUGUUGGAUUUGCCUCGCAGGCUGACAUCACCUGGGAAUGGAAGAGUGGUAGUGUCUCCCAGAUUGCUGCAUCUUGGGGAAUUGCACCUCUCAUCGCGGCUGGAUUUUCGGCCAUCAUCUUUGGUAUCCUCAAGUACAGUGUGCUUGAGCGAAAGGAUUCCUUCAAGUGGGCGAUGCGCCUGAUUCCAUUCUAUUUGGCCUUCACCGGUGCAAUUCUCGCCCUCUUCAUCACCAUCGAAGCCCCCUCGGCGCCCUCAUUGGAAGAGUUCGGUGCUGGCAAGAUCGUCGGCAUCAUCCUCGGAGUCUUCUUCGGCUGUCUCCUCUUUGCCUAUGUGUUCUUCAUGCCAUACUUCAAGCGCCGCCUCAUCCAGAACGAUAGUCGCAUCAAAUUCUAUCACAUCCCGCUUGGUCCGUUGUUGCUCCGGGAGAACCCACCUCUUUACUUCCCUGGCAAGGGUGAAGGCGUCGUGAUCAACUACUAUGAAGACGCCUACGGCGAAGUGCACGCAGGCCAGAUGGACGCUGCAAAGCACAACACCACAACCGACGCAAGCUCAGUCCUGGCCUCACCCGAAAUCACAGCGAAGACCAAACCUGAAAUCCCAGCCGAAGAUGAAGAAAAGAACAUGGAUUCUGUCAACUCAACACCCCAAAUCAAGCCCCGAAAGAAGCACAUCGGACCCACCGAGCGAUUCAUCGACCCAGUUCGCGACCUCUCCUGGGUAAACCCUCUCAAGGCCUGGGGAUACAUCAAAUGGAUUCUGCUGCAGGGUGUGACACGCGAUGUGGUCACGCAUGACUCGGCACACCUGCGUGCAAUCCACGCCCGCGCAAACCGUUACGACGACCGCGUCGAGCACCUGUGGACAUACUGCCAAGUUGUAUCGGCGAUGAUGAUGUCGAUUGCGCACGGAUCGAACGAUGUUGCCAAUGCCGUUGGACCCUGGGCUGCCACAUACAGCACAUUCCACGCCGGUGUUGUUGAGACUAAGGCCCCGACACCAGUCUGGUUCCUCGUCGUUGCGGGUCUGCUACUCGGUCUCGGUUUCUGGUUCUACGGAUACCAUAUUGUGCGUGCGUUGGGCAACAAGAUCACUCAGAUGUCGCCAACUCGUGGAUUCAGUGUUGAGCUUGGAGCGGCUAUUACUGUGCUUUUGGCUUCGAGACUUGGGUUGCCCGUCUCGACCACGCAGUGCUUGACUGGUUCUGCGAUGGGCGUGGCUCUCAUGAACUAUGAUCUUGGUGCUGUUAACUGGAGACAGCUUGGCUUCAUCUUUGGUGGUUGGGUCUUGACUCUGCCCUGUGCUGGGUUGGUUUCUGGGUUGUUAUGUCUCAUGGCACUGAAUGCUCCUCAUCUGUAA